AGUCCAAACAUGUUAAGUGAAUAGGCUACAUAAAUCAUUUUUUGUAAACUGAAUACCUUUUAAAAAUAUCAUUUUCCUAAUUCUCUAUUUUUAUUUUUAGUCCAUUUGUAUAUAAUAUGUUUGUUAUCAUUCUACCUGUGCAUGUUUAACUCGACAUGCAUCAGUGUUGAAACAUGAUCAUGUUCAGUACAAAAUAUUGAAAACAACAUAAAUUGCUUUAAGCAAUCAUAGCUAGUGUGAAGUAUAUAUUUAAAAAAAACUGUAGAUAAAAUGACGUAAUGAAAAACAUAAUAAUAUGUGCAAAUAACUGUUGUAAACAAAAGCAGGUGUAGUCCAUUCCAUCAGAGUCCAUGCCUCUCUUUGCGCGCGCCUCUUUCUCUCCACCUUUAAAAGCAUCAGUGAGGAAGAAAGAGAGGAGAAAGGGAGGCGACCGCACAAAUACAAUGAUCUCAGAAACUGAGAACGACAAUCCGAAGGCAGAGUAUCUCCGAUCCGAAGCGAGCUAUAGCCCAGACUCCCCCGUCUCCUCCUCUCCGGAAGCCGGGCACCUCAGCAGGAGGCGGGACACCCAGACCACCAGCGGCAGCAUCAUCCCGGAGGAGAGCGGCAGCAUCCAGCCCCUGGUCUCCUCGGCCGCGGCCGCCGCCUGCAUCAUGACAUCGGGGGAGUUCAUGCAGACCGCUCCCCUGCUGGCGCACAAAUCCAAGAGGAGCCUGCUGUAUAAGGCGCUCUGCUUCCUCCUCCUCGUCUUCCAGGGCGGCAUUCUGGACUUCUACCUCAUCAUCUUCAACGACCUGUACUGGUGCUCAUGGAUAGCCACGGACCUGGUGGUGAUCUCGGGCUGGGGGAUUUUCUUCAUGAAGAACGCGCGGAGCAAGAGAGAGCGGGCCUGCGGCUUCCACCAGAAGAGCUCCAUCUUCGGCUGCAACCUCGGGGAGUUCACCUACGCCUACCUGGCCUGGCUCAUCUAUGUCAUCGCCUGCACGCCGAAGGUGGUGCUCAUCCUGGAGACGUCCAUCCUGGAUCUGAUCGCGCUCAAGGUCCCGUGCGGAGUGACCGGCUUCAAGAUCAUCAUGCUGCUGUCCGCGCCGCUGCUCUUCUGCCUCAUCAACUCCAUCAUCGAGGAUCUGAACGGAGCGACGCGGCACCACUCCCAGAGCUGCUUCAUGAGCACCUGCCUGGACCUGCUGGACAGCUUCACGCUGGUGGAGAUGCUGCUGAGGAGCGAGAUCCCCACCGUGUACCUCAAGUACACUGUCAUCACGGUGUACUUCGUGGCCCUGGCCGUGCCGGUGAUCUGGCUCUACGAGCUGACGGCGUCCGAGCUGCGCUGCCGGUGGCUGUGGGCCCGCUUCUCCACGGGCCUGGUGGUCAACGCGCCCCUGCUUGUGGUCAGGUGUUUCCAGGUUUACGUCUACAAGAUGCCGGUGUCGGUGUUCAUGUUUAAAAACAUCUUCUUCUUGGCGUGUAAGUUCCUGGAGCUGGUGGAGCAGUGCGUGGCGGUGCGUGGGGUCCGGAGGCUGGCCGGAGGCAGCAACCCGGCCCAGUUCUCCCACUGCGUGUCCGAGAACGACAUGUGUCCGCACGGAUAUGUCAACACCCUGGCCGUCACACAGUCCUAGAGCCCGGGCUGACUGAGGGUCAGGGGCCGCCUGUCCGUUUGUCUGUCUGAUGGCGGGCAAAGUGGACGCGUCGUGUUGCGUUCCAGACACAGCUGGAAAUGGGAAAAUCCAAAUUACAAACACAGCUCCUGCUUCCAGAUAGACAGCAAAGCCACACAAAGGUAUUUAGGCAACAUGUAUCAACAUACAUGAGAGUAGGGAAAAGUGAUUUACUCUGUACAGUUAUAUGACAAAGUAAAUUGCAGACACAGGCUGCAAUGUAACCACAUGGGGCAUCUUCCCACCCUCAAUUUACUCCCACCAAAAGUGUUUGCCAGGCUCAGAUUAUUAUUAUAAGUGUCUGACAACAUUACUGAAAGGACCCCACAUACAUAGAGCUUUUUGUUAAAGAGUAAGAUCCUUUUAGUUUGACCAGAAACAGACCUGAAAUCACCACGGCUAAACCCACCAGACUCCAUUUAUUAAAACAGUAAUUUAAGAGCAUAUAAAGCCAGCAUAUUUUCAUAUCUAACUGAGUGAAUUAAGGGUUUAUUUCAACCAAACCAGAGUUGAUGAUUGUUGGAACAGCAGAGAGAUGAACAAAGACAGCUUUUGAGAGUUUUAUUUCACUUCUGCUGACUUUGAAUGAAGUGUGUUUCAUGAUGAUAAAAUUAACAUUUAUUUAAAUGGAGUCUGGUGGGUCUGGCAAUAGCAAUUUCAGGGCUGUUUCUGGCUUAACAAAAAGCCAAGGUCCAGACCCAGGUUCAUGUUUUUGUUAUUGUAUACAUUUGGUCCCUUGGUUUUGCAUUCACAUUGCAAUUCUGUGAGCGGACUAAAGAACUUUACAUGACAUAGUUACGUUCAUCUACGUGGGUUGCGUCACCUUAUAUUUGACAUCGAUUGGUUUAUAAAUGGGCGGGGGUCUGAUGUCAGUGUGUUGUCAAGUAGGUGGGUAGAAAUCCCCUCAAUGUUUACGAACAUUACCUCACGAAAAUGGACGAACCGAUUCUAAUAAUCGUCACGCUACUCAUACUAUUUUGGCAUUGCUAUCAGCUGCAGCGCCAACCUAGAAGACAAUACUUGCGGCUCGUACAAAAACGAAAUAUAAAUCUACACUUUGUGCCAAGAUGUCAUCGUCGCCGGCAGGAAAGGAGGAGGAGGAGGAGACAGCUAGCAAUGUUAGCUAACUGAGAACCCUGCCAACUUGGGAGCGACCAGCGUCGAGGUGAGUGACCAUUGCCAGCUCAUUUUUGAUGGUGGACUUGACUUCUCUCCUGGCGGAAAUGAACAACCGGUGCACCAGAAUUUCCUGUCAAUGGCCCGAAAGUCCGAACCAUCCAAAAAAAUGUGUUCACACUAGUAACGGACCGGACCAUGGUUCCGUUUGGUCGGGACUGAGACCACCUCUUUUGGCCAGACCAAAUUUCGUCUAUUUGGUCUGGACUGUGGUCAGGGGGUAGUUUUGACACCUGCGGACCAAACUGGAAAGUCCAAAAGUCCGCACCAAACGACCUAGGUGUGAAAAGGCCCUACUCUUUAACAAAAAGUUCUGUCUCGAUAGAGAACCAUUCCAUAAUGUUAUCAGAUACUUCAAAUAACAAUCUGAGCCUGUCAGUGGCAAAAACAAGCACUUUAAAUGGAUGUAAGUUGAUGGUGCUCAGUUGCUCGCUGGGAUUACAUUGCAGUCUUUUUCAGUCUUGCUCAGUACUGGACUAAUUAAAAAAAAUGUUGUUCUGUUUAGUCGCGUAUACAUAAAAACAUGGGAAAAUAGCAUUGUAGUUGAAAAAUACCCGAGUUACCCUUUAAAUGGUCACUUUACUGAAAUUGUAGAGUUGCAGCAAUCUACCGGUGUCAAGGUAUACUGUGAUAUAAAAGUUUCGCGUACAUUUGCUUAUCUACGACAUUGAGAAAAAAAGCAACUUGACGUUAAUUCUCCCCUUUAUUUUCAAAGAGGAGACUUUUUACACAUGCUACCAUUUACAAAAUGGUUUCAAGUUUCAGUUAUAGUGAUAAAACGUUUGUUCAACCAACAAUAACCCUUCUGUUUUCAUUCCUUUAAGGGUCAUUCUGACUGAUAUUAUCAAUUCUGUAAUGUUGUGAUACCAUGAAACCGCAAUAUUUUAUCAUUCUGUGAAAAUCUCAUACCGCUGCAACACUACCAAAAUGUGACAUACAUAUUUUCUUAGAGACCCUGGUUGGUAAUCCAACAAUGUAUAAUGAUGGUGAAUAGAAAGUGUUUCUACUACUCACCAUAUCAGAAAAUGACAUUUGUCUUCUCACAAACAGUGUUCCUGUUACUCUGAAUAAUCCACAGAACACACUGUCAGCAGUUUUAAUUGGAACUGACAAAGGAAUAGUUCCUAUAAAAGCUGUCUCUGUGUUCUUUGGAUGAUCCACAGUAACAGGGAGAUCAUUUGUAGAGAGUGAUAUGUUGCGUUAGAUCUUUUAAAAUCUUGUUAACAAAACUGAAUUCACUUCCACUGUAUAGUGUUGAAGAAAGAGAUGUGAAAGAAAAUAGACACAGUCCAAUGGCAAUACCUGCAGGGUUAGAUUCCAGCAGAAGUCAGAGGGUUCUCCCAAAUUUCGGACUGUUAGACAACUGUUAUAAUUAGCUAACUGGGGGCCCUUUGGUGUCUGUGGCCCUAAGGCAGCUGCUUUGGAUUGCAAGUGCCAGCUCCUUAACUGAUUAACAACCGAUAGCGCAACUGUACUUUUCUAUAUGUCUUGUCAAGUUGCAAAAGGGUCCCUCCCUCUUCCGCAGCUUUUUAAAAAAGAAGCAUUUGCUUGGCCUAAAAUUGUCUAUAUUAUCUAUAUAUCGAUAUUAACUUUAAACCUGGGCACAGAUCUUAAGCUGUUCAAAUUGCUGCCAAGUACCAGUAACCUGCGACAUGGCAACGAGGAAGACACAGGUUGUAGGCUUCUAUUGAGAAGGUAUUUGCAGCCUUACAUUAGAUUUUGACAUAGGGCCCCAUGACUGGAUAAAAAUACAAGACCCACCUUAGGGCCCUUUCCAUUUAGCAGUGCAUACUGCCAAACAAAUAACCAGAAAGUCAUUGCGACACACACAACCUGAGGCCUUCAGGGCCCAAUAAUCCAGCCAUGUCCAGCUGUGUCCAACCUUUAACCACAAUGGGGUUAUGAUGCAUAUGACAUCAUGUGAUGCAAAAAAAAAAAAAGAGUCCGUAGAUUCAUUAUUAAUGACUAACAACAUUCAUUUCUCAGCAGUUUGAUUUCGUUGACAGGGUAUGUUGCUACGUCCAAGUGACGUCAGAUAACUGUAUCUCUGAAACCUCGGAGCUGACUAAUCUUUUUGAGGUUUUCUCUUGGACGGCCGAUGACAUUUUACAUUACAGGAGGAUGGAUUUUCCAAUUUUUGUACAUGUCUGGAAUGCAUCAUCUGUACCAGCCUUACAAAGCUCCCCUUUCAGACCAGUUUACAGGUGCUACAGUCAAACCCAACACCUGCAAUAGCCUACUAACAAACACAGAUCAAACUAUAGUGCAUUGGACCUUGUCGACUUGUGUGUGUUCAGUCUGUGAGUUUCACCUUGAACGGAGAGACAACAGCUGGACUUUGUGUCGUGUUGGGACGUAAAGUGCAAUUUGAAGAAUCCUCUGCUUUGACUCACCCCCUGCACACCAGUGUUUUCUAUUGAUGACGGUGUUGUCUGCGGAUCUGUGCUGCUUCUAAAUGCUGUUUCCGGUACUAACAGUAGAGUAGACACUUGUGUGUAAGUUAAUGCCAUGUAUAAAGAUCCAACAGUGCCAUGACUAACAGGUUUUCUACAGCCCUUUUCAAACGGACCGCCUGCUGACAGAAGUUUCUGUUGGUGUCGCUGGCUGUGCCGCUGUUUUACUACUUCUCACACUUCUUGGAUCAAGAGUCCUUAAAGAUCACUGGCUACUGGUCACUCUGACAUCCAUCAGUAUUCUGGGUCACCUAAGAGCCCAGCUCUUAAUCUCUCACCAAGAACACCUAUUUAUUCAUUCAUGGACCUCAGUAUUUCUUCAUUGCUAAAAGGUCGCACCCAGUAUACAAGAAAGCUCAGCAGACUCUGAAAAAGUCAUUUUCAACACAACUGUGAGUCUGGGACUACAGAUAUAUGCAUUACUGACUUAGUACUUCAUAAUCUAUGGAUUCCCAAUUCUGUCAAGAAAAUCAGUUUGAGGGGAAAAAGAAAUUAGUGAUGUAAAAUAAUGUGCUUACAUGUAUGUAGAGAUGGUUGUUGUCGUUCCUGGAAUCCCUCUUUUUUAUGUCCCUUACCUCCAAGGUCACAGAUUACAGAGAGGGAAAAACAAAGUGGUAAAAAGUAAUCUGGCAGGUGACCUCCCAAAUCUGAACCAAUGGCAGUCAUCAACGAUCUGAUCAGUUUAAUGUAAUAAUACUCACUUCCAUUUUAUUGGUGUUAAAGGAACAAUCUGACAUUUAGGGAAUUUCUUUGGAACAAGCUGGCCCAACAAAUCAAACUUUAUUACUGACUUGUUGUGUCCUGUAAACACUUAAAGGUGCAGCACACAUGCCGGGCGCUGUGUGCGACUCUUGUGUCUAUUCUGUGCCAACUUUAAAGAGCGCAGAGGCAGGUUGCAUCUGAAGUUGCUAAGCAACCAUAACAAGCACCUGCCUACUUACAUGAAAUCCUGAGUGCAGACCUGAUCUUCUUCCAGGUGCUAUUUUUUAAGUGUGUAGGCCUAAAAUAUUGUCUGUUAGACAGAUGUAAAGCCCUGGCGCCCCUGCACUAAAAUGAUAAACCUCUUCUCC